AUGUCAAGCACGGAGCCUGAAUCGCUUGAUGCAAUACUUCAAGCGGAAAAUCCUCCUCUUCAAUCCGUGCUAGGUACACCAUCCUUUGUUCAAGCUGUUAAAACAUGUCAUCCUCAACUAAACGCUUAUCUACUUUCUGAUAAUAUAUUUCCCGAAGUAUUGAAUAUAGCGUUAACUGAUAAAGCAGCAUCCCUCGGAUAUACUGCGAAAAUGAUAUCGAAUACAAUGCUAUUUUUAACUACAAAUUCAAAUGAAACCCAACAAAAGUUUAGCGAGAAUCCCCUGUUUUUAAAUGUCAUUAAAAGUUUUCCUGAUACCGAAUAUGCAAGACAACCUAAAAUUGCAGGUAAUUUUCAACGCAUUUUAGAUUCUAUUGUCCAUCGAACGAACGGACAAUACCUUUCUAACCUCCCAAAUAUUUCGAAAUUUUUAAUUGAUAAUUUAAACAUACUCGCGUACUCUGAAUUGUGGAUUACGUUGACGACCGAAUUUAUGCUCCAGUUUGGCGUCGAUUUAAAUCUUAUUAAAAUGUUUGCGCAAACAGUCGGCGGGCCAAAUGGAUUUACCGCUGUUGCAUCGAUGAAACAGAUGCUCAAACUGAAAAAAGAUUUAUUUAAUUUAUUCGACACCGUUGAUGUUGUAGAAAUAUUACUCCAAGAGGUCAUAAAGCCAGGCAAUCCACUAUUGUUGUUCAAGCUCUUCCAAGUUCUCGAAAAAAUUAAUUCUGUCGGAAAAGAUCCACAAGUCAAAGCCACCAUCCUUUCAUACGGCGAAAACUUCAAUUUUGAAGAGCAUACGCAGGAUUUCAUACGAGCAAGCGCUAUUUCUUUAUUUAAAGUUUUUCCAGAUGAAUAUAUCAACCGAUUAUUCGACGACCAUCCAUUUUCAUCACUCAACUCCGCAAUUAUUAAGGCAAUAUCGUCCAUUGGCGACAAAAAACUCAUAGAAUUGAAUACGAAAUACAAUUUAAUCGAUAGAAUACUGAAUAAUCCGAUCAGCAAAACAAAUCCAUACGUAUGGAGCUUAGCUGAAUUACUGUACGUCAUCCCCUCACUCAUUACACCGUCAUUUAGAGAAUUCAAGAUUGACAUUGUUGAUCCACAUGUUUUGAUUAGGAGCGGCGCGUUUGGUGGAGAACGGCCUCGCGAUGAGUCUUCUGACUACGGGGAUCCUCCGGAGCACUCAGCACCUUUCGUUUCUCUUGACAUCGAAAUUUUGUCUGACAGUAGCAGUUCUGACACUUCUAGUGAUGAAGAGAAUGAUAUUGGUGGAUUUGAAAACGCUAGGUUCUUCGCGAAGCUCGCCGGUAUGGAUGAUCUCGUUGAAGAUCUCAACGAACAACAGAAACAGACUCAACGAUCAGAAUAA